AUGUGCGCAGCUCUUGUCAUCCUCGGGGCUCGUUACGGACCACUUUCAGAAGUCACAGCUUUGCAACACUGGCAUCAACCAUCCGUAGGCAGGCGUUCCACGGGCGACGAUGGAUCUCUACAGCCGCACAGUCAUUGUGCACCCUCGCUCGCUUUCGCUUGCCACAUUCACCGACAACAAGUCGCCUUGGAGAGGGACGCAGCACCGUGCAGUGUCAAAUCGAAGAUGCCCAGUAGCGCCCAGAAUGGAGCUGUCGGAAAGAACAAGAAGCUCUCCAAGGGCAAGGGUCAGAAGAAGAGGGCUGUCGACCCCUUCACCCGCAAGGACUGGUACGACAUCAAGGCACCCACCUUCUUCGAGAACCGCAACGUCGGCAAGACCUUUGUCAACCGAUCGCAGGGUCUCAAGAACGCCGAUGACUCGCUCAAGGGCCGCAUCGUCGAGGCUUCGCUCGCUGACCUCAACAAGGACGACGAGCAGGCUUACCGCAAGUUCAAGUUGAAGGUCGACGGCAUCCAGGGCCGCACCUGCCUCACCAACUUCUACGGAAUGGACUUCACCUCGGACAAGCUGCGCUCGCUCGUUCGCAAGUGGCAGUCGCUCAUCGAGGCUCACCAGGACGUCAAGACCACCGACGGCUACCUGCUCCGUGUGUUCGUCAUUGCCUUCACCAAGAAGCGCGCCAACCAGGUCAAGAAGAACACCUACGCCAAGUCGUCGCACAUCCGCGCCAUUCGUCAAAAGAUGUUCGAGAUUGUGCAGCGUGAGGCCAACUCGUGCGACCUGCGCGAGUUUGUUGCCAAGCUCAUCCCCGAGGUCAUUGGCCGCGAGGUCGAGAAGGCCACCCAGGGUAUCUUCCCCCUUAAGGACGUCUACGUGCGCAAGGUCAAGGUUCUCAAGGCGCCCAAGGACGACCUCAACAAGCUUCUCGAGGUUCACGGUGGUGCUGCCAUCGCCGGUGCCGAGGAUGCUGGUGUCAAGGCCCGCAACACCGAGUUCAAGGAGCACGCUCCCCUUACCUCUGUGUAA